AUGGCUCCGCCGUCGCAGCACUGCUUUGACACCGUCAACGGUGCAACCAACAACGGCGUCGUCCCAGUGGUAAUGGUGGACACGCCCCAGCAGAAGCUGCCGUGCCCCACCUUGCUCGGCGCCGACGAGUUCCGGCGCCAGGGUCACCAGGUCAUCGACUUCAUCGCCGACUACUACGGCCGCAUGGGCGACUACCCCGUGCACCCCAGCGUCACCCCCGGCUUCCUGCGCAACCAGCUCCCCGGCGCCGCGCCGUCCCGUCCGGAGCCCGACGCGUUCGGCUCGGCGCUGCGGGACGUCCGCGACCUCAUCCUCCCGGGCAUCACGCACUGGCAGAGCCCCCGCCACUUCGCGCACUUCCCGGCGUCGAGCAGCACCGUCGGUGCCCUCGGGGAGGCGCUCACCGCCGGCAUCAACGUCAUCCCGUUCACCUGGACCGCCUCGCCGGCCGCCACCGAGCUCGAGAUGGUGGUCGUCGACUGGCUCGGCAAAGCGCUGCACCUACCGGACAGCCUCCUGUUCGCCGGAGGCGGCGGGGGCGCGCUCCUGGGCACCUCGUGCGAGGCCAUACUCUGCGCGCUCGUCGCCGCGAGGGACCGGAAGCUGGCGGAGAUCGGCGGGAAGAGGAUCGUCGACCUCGUCGUGUACUGCUCCGACCAGACCCACUUCGCCUUCCGCAAGGCCGCGCGCAUCGCCGGCAUCCAGCGAGACCACUGCCGCGAGAUACGCACGUGCCACGCGGACAUGUUCGCGCUCUCGCCCACGGAGCUGCGCGACGCAAUGCAGGCCGACGUGGACGCCGGGCUGGUGCCGCUGUUCCUGUGCGCGACGGUCGGGACCACCCAGACGACCGCCGUCGACCCGAUCGGCGAGCUCUGCGCCGUGGCGGCACCUCACGGCGUCUGGGUGCACGUGGACGCGGCCUACGCCGGCUCCGCGCUGGUGUGCCCGGAGUUCCGCGACGUGAUCGACGGCGUGGAGUCCGUGGACUCGUUCAGCAUGAACGCCCACAAGUGGCUCCUCGCCAACAACGACUGCUGCGCGAUGUGGGUGAAGAAGCCGUGCGCGCUCAUCGCGGCGCUCGGCACGGAGCAGGAGUACAUCCUCAGGGACUCGGCGGCGUCGGACGUGGUGGACUACAAGGACUGGACCAUGACGCUCACCCGCCGGUUCCGCGCGCUCAAGGUGUGGCUCGUGCUCCGCUGCUACGGCGUCGACGUUCUGCGCCACCACGUCCGCUCCCACGUGCGGAUGGCGGAGGCGUUCGAGAACAUGGUGAAGGCCGACGGGAGGUUCGAGGUUGUGACGGACAGGCGGUUCGCGCUGGUGUGCUUCCGGCUCCGGCCUCGGGAGGAGUUCGGCGGCGAGAAGACGGCGAACGAGCUCAACCGGGGUCUCCUUGCGGAGGUGAACGCGGUCAGGUCGGGGCCGUACAUGAGCUCCGCCAACGUAGGUGGCAUGUACGUGCUAAGGUGUGCCGUCGGAAGCACGCUGACGGAGGAGCGGCACGUCGAGGACGCAUGGACGGUCGUCCAGGAUCGGGCGUCAGCGAUCCUUCAGAGAAUGGAAAUUAUCUAUAGUGUGGUUAGCCGUUCCGUUAGGAACUUGGGAUGA